AUGGGACAACAGGGUUCUAAAAGAUCAAUCGAGACGAGUGUUGUGUUUCUUCACGUUGCUACCGAAUCCACUGAAGGUUGGGCCUGCGCCGAGGAGAAGUGGCACCAACAGCGAAAUGAGACAGAAGGGCUGGAAUACGUUAUGGAUAAUCCCACUGGAGGAGUUUGGGUUAAAUCCACGGAGCGAUGGACAAGAUACUGA